CUGAAUUUCAAUCAUCACCACAAUCAGAGAAGCAAAGAAGAAAAACAGAGAUAAAUUUUAGAAGGAAAAUAAAUCAGAAUGAGUUCAAGCAGAAGAGCGUGGAUAGUAGCAGCCAGUGUUGGAGCAGUAGAGGCCUUAAAAGAUCAAGUUGGAUUGUGUAGAUGGAAUUACCCAUUGAGGUCUUUGGCACAACACACAAAGAAUAACGUGAGAUCUUAUUCUCAAGCUAAGAAACUUUCUUCUUCAAUAACUACAAAGAGUGAGAAGAUGGAGAAAUCUGAAGAAUCAUUGAGAAAAGUUAUGUAUUUGAGCUGUUGGGGUCCAAAUUGAUUGUAAUUAAAUAGGAUUACUCUGUAUUUCGAAAAUUAUAUCAGAAAACUGCAAUACAUUGUGUUGAUAUAUUUCGAUGAACUUGUUCCUCUUA